AUGGCAAGUUUUAUUGCAAAACAACUAAUCGGAAAUCAAUUGGAUUCAGUAAAAGGUGCAUUAGGUGAUAAGAAAGACGAAGGUGAAGGUGUUUUAGGUGGACGUAAAGAAAUUGAUCCAGAAGUUGAAGCGGCAUUACGUGAGGCAGAAGAGAAAAGAGAAGCUAAACAUCGUAAAAUGGAAGAAGAACGAGAAGUGAUGCGUCAAGGUAUCAGAGAUAAAUAUGGUAUUAAGAAAAAAGAAGAAGAGGUUCCAGCUGAUUUCGACUUUUCUAGUCCUGAAGGUCGUCUCGGUCGUAAACGUAAAACUCCAGCUGAACUAGCGGCUGAGGCAAAUGAAGCAGAAGAUGAAAACAUUUUAACAAGUAUGUUACCAGAAAAUAUGAGAAAUAUGGCUAAUAAAGUAACUGAAGUUCCAGGGAAAAUAAUUUCAGAAGCUAGUGAAAAAUGUCUUCUUAUGUGA